AUGUAUGCAUUAAUAAUCAUCUGUUUCGACAACGACACCUCGUUGAUCCUACGCGAUAUUUUCGCCUCCUACGACAAAAGAGUGAUUCCAUUCACUCAUGGGCCGGUUGUCAUCAACAUGACCAUCGUUCUUGGGAUUCUCGUGGAAGUGAGAGAAAACGAACAACUUGCCGCCUACGUUAUAUCACAUACUCAGAGGUGGUAUGAUCGACGGCUACGAUGGGACCCAAACAAUUAUCGUGGACAGAAAGAGGUCAUUGUCCCCCAAAGCAUGGUUUGGAUACCUAAAUUGUUUGUGUAUAACAGCCUUGAAUCGAAAGAGAUGCUCACACCUAAUCGAGCUGACGUUCGUCUCUAUCAUAAUGGUGCGAUCAAAGUAAACAUACCGCAGUAUGUUAGUGCUAUAUGUCGCAUACAAACGCAAUCGUUUCCGUUCGAUUGUCAGUUCUGUGCAGUCGCCCUGGCUUCACCGUUGUUGAAUGUUGACGAAAUGAUUGUGGACGCUACACAACCGCCGAAGGAUUCGUAUUUUGCGGGUAAUGCAGAAUGGUAUCUUUUCAAUGUAACAGUACGGCAUAUGCGAUUCGUUGAAGAAGGGGAAUCACGCGUUGAGGUUCACUAUAUUUUUCAUCUUCAACGGCGACCAAUCUACUACAUUACGGUCAUCGUUGCACCGACAUUUCUUAUCUCAGCUCUUUCAAUACUUGGAAUCUUCUCGCCAGGAUCUAGCGAUGGACCACGAAAUGAGAAGGUUUCGCUUGGACUUGGAAGUCUACUCGCUAUGACAGUUCUUCUUGGAAUUGUAGCGGGUGCGAUGCCAAAAAGUAAUGCAAUUCCUCUGUUAGGAUACUACAUCCUCAUAGUGAUUCUUCUGUGCGCAGUAGCUGUCAGCAUAUCGAUGGCUUUUCUUGCCAUCAGUCGACAGUACAUCCAGAAAGAUCAAAUGCCAUCAAAGCGAAUGCUGAGGUUCAUGCUAAUUCCCGAGUCUCGAAAAAGACGGUCAACAGUCCUCACGAGAAACUCAUUCCACAAUGCUUGUCUUGAUAAAGAAAGCAUCGAUCGUCCCAAAGUUCCGGAGUUGGUAUUGAUUUACAAUAUCCUUGAAGAAAUUGCUGAGUCACACAGGAAUCUUCGUCGGAAGACCGAACAAAAGAUGCAGAGGAAAAAUGUGCAGCAUGAAUGGGCAAAAGUGUUUUCGCGAUUCGAUUAUUUCUUCCUCUUCAUAUUCGAAUUGCUCAAUAUGGCUGCUCUAGCUGUUUUCCUACGAGUCGCUUGGUUGCCAACACCGGAGUUACGAGAACAAAUCCUAUGA